UACACAGGCAGUCUUCCGGUAGCGUGAUCUUUGUCUGAAGUGUAAGGGGGGACUCACACCUGCUACCAGCACUGAGACGGAGCUGACGCCCCUGCGACGAAAAUGACAACGUGUGCGGAUCCCUCUGGCUACAGGCAGGAGGAGGAGUUUAUGGACAUCCUGGAGGAGAGGAGGCGGAGCAGUGACCUAGGCCAUGCCCUUCGAACCUUUACCCCCUCCCCCUACAGGGGAGCCCCUCCUCUCUCCGCUGGCGCCCUCGACAGGAAGGUUCUGGAAUCACAGUACCUACGAUACGUCACCAAGGAGGUGGCCAUGGAGACUGGCGAGAGUGUGGAUCUGGUGAGAGAGGAGGCGUCGGGGAUACUGGAGGAGAUGUCUCAGAACCUCCAGCUGGGAUUCAUCAGACUGCUGGGGUUCACCCUCAGUAAAGUAUUCAAGAGGCUCUUCAGCCACAUCAACAUCAACCAGGAAGGACUCAACAGGCUCCAACAGGCCAUUCAGGAGUCUCCAGUGAUCCUGAUGCCCAAUCACAGGAGUUAUGUGGACUUCCUGGUUCUGUCGUACAUCCUGUUCACCUAUGACCUGCCCAUCCCCGUUAUAGCUGCUGGAAUCCCUCUGAUGGACAUGAAGAUGGUGGGAGAGAUCCUGCGUCGUUCUGGAGCUUUCUUCAUCAGGAGGGCCAUCGGGUCUGACAAGUUGUACUGGGCUGUCCUAUCUGAGUAUGUUAAAACCAUUGUCAGGACAGGGUAUGCUCCUGUGGAGUUCUAUGUGGAGGGUCUGAGGAGCAGGACGCUCAAGUCCCUGACACCCAAGUUAGGUAUGAUGCACAUGGUCCUGGAGCCGUUCUUUAAAGGGGAGGUGUAUGACAUCACGCUGGUCCCCAUCAGUAUCAGCUAUGACAGGGUCCUGGAGGAGUCUCUACUGGCACAUGAACUACUGGGGGUCCCCAAGCCCAGAGAGACCACCAUGGGCCUAUUGAAGGCUAGGAGGGUACUAGAGGAGGACUAUGGCAGUAUGCACGUGUACUUCGGUAUGCCUCUGUCAGUCAGACAGCUGACUAAGGGGAGGGUGGACCGCUGUGAAUACAACCUCCUGCCCAGAGACCUUCCCCAGAGGCCCAGCGUAGAGACCCAGGAGUGUGUGAGCUGGCUAGCCCAGCAGGUAGUACGUAUCCAGGAACAGAGCUUCGUCCUCAGCCCCUGGUCUCUCAUGGCCUGCCUGGUGCUCCAGGACCAUCAGGACGCAGACCCAGCGGCAGGAGAGGAACACGAGAAGGGUCUCUCGUGGGAGCUGCUCACCCGGAGGACGCUGUGGCUCAAGAGGCUGGCGAUCAGCUUCGGGGCCCGCCUGGACUGGCCUGAACAGCUACCUGAAAACCAGGUGAUGUCAUCCAGCAUGGCCCUGCACCGCUCUGUGAUUCGCUGUCACCAGGGCCGCGUCACACUGCUGGAGGAGGAGGGGCCUGUGGGUGCUGAGCCUUUCACAACAGAGGAGGGUGUGGUCAGGCGGGCGCGGGCGGUCCUUAUGGUUGCGGCCUAUAGGAACCAGGCGCUGCAUGUGUUCACACGUCCAGCCAUGCUGGCUCUGGCCGUACACACAGUACAGAGCUCACAGAGAGAGGACAUCUACAGCUACUUCAGGUUCCUCCUGGACCUCUUCUCCAACGACUUCAUCUUCAUCACUGGCAGAUCCUCACAGGUAGGUCUUCACCUGGGGCGCCGUGUCCUUCUUCCAUUCUUUGAAGAAACCUGCUGCACUGCAGGUUUCGAAAAAAACUCAGUGUGUCGAACUCAGGCUGUAAUGAAGAUGCUGGGUCAAUGCCUGUCAUCUUGUGUGUUUUUAGGCGAGCUGAAGUCUUAUGAUGCCCUGUCAUCUGAUACCCAGAAGAAUGUCCUGUCAGCUCUCCUGAGACUGGGGGCUGUGACCAGGCUGAGAACAGCUGAGCACAGUGAAUUCAGAGCCAACAAGCCAGCCAUCAGGAGAUUAGCAGAUACUCUGGCGGGUAGACUGCCGGUACAGACCGCCCCUAACCCCAGGCUCUAACCCCGGAGGACUGCAGACCAGACAGACAGACUGGACCAAACAUGUCUAUUCACUUCCUGUCUCCUAUACCCAACUCGGUGCCUGUAUUCAUACAGCGUCUUAGAGUCGAGGUGCUGAGUCCUCUUGUGCUCAGUAUCGCUGAGCUGAACUGAGCGUCACCACUAUAAUCUACUGAACUGAGCGUCACCACUAUAAUCUACUGAACUGAGCGUCACCACUAUAAUCUACUGAACUGAGCGUCACCACUAUAAUCUACUGAACUGAGCGUCACCACUAUAAUCUACUGAACUGAGCGUCACCACUAUAAUCUACUGAACUGAGCGUCACCACUAUAAUCUACUGAACUGAGCGUCACCACUAUAAUCUACUGAACUGAGCGUCACCACUAUAAUCUACUGAACUGAGCGUCACCACUAUAAUCUACUGAGCGUCACCACUAUAAUCAACUGAGCGUCACCACUAUAAUCUACUGAGCGUCACCACUAUAAUCUACUGAACUGAGCGUCACCACUAUAAUCUGCUGAACUGAGCGUCACCACUAUAAUCUACUGAGCGUCACCACUAUAAUCUGCUGAACUGAGCGUCACCACUAUAAUCUGCUGAACUGAGCGUCACCACUAUAAUCUACUGAGCUUCACCACUAUAAUCUACUGAACUGAGCGUCACCACUAUAAUCUACUGAACUGAGCGUCACCACUAUAAUCUACUGAGCGUCACCACUAUAAUCUACUGAACUGAGCGUCACCACUAUAAUCUACUGAACUGAGCGUCACCACUAUAAUCUACUGAACUGAACGUCACCACUAUAAUCUACUGAACUGAGCGUCACCACUAUAAUCUACUGAACUGAACGUCACCACUAUAAUCUACUGAACUGAGCGUCACCACUAUAAUCUACUGAACUGAGCGUCACCACUAUAAUCUACUGAACUGAACGUCACCACUAUAAUCUACUGAACUGAGCGUCACCACUAUAAUCUACUGAACUGAGCGUCACCACUAUAAUCUACUGAACUGAGCGUCACCACUAUAAUCUACUGAACUGAGCGUCACCACUAUAAUCUACUGAACUGAACGUCACCACUAUAAUCUACUGAACUGAGCGUCACCACUAUAAUCUACUGAACUGUGAAGCUGUGACCACUACAGCUGUUCUAUAGACCUUGAUGGCCUUCCUUUAGAGUGAGUGAUACCGAUCCAUUACGUGUGAGCUGCUGUAAGGAUCAAGUGAAGUACAUUUUUAGACUCCAGACACUUCCGCUGGAGGCCACUAGAUGGCAGUCUAACCACUGAGUCAAUACACACGGUCUGGGUGGGUUUUAGUUCAAGAUUUCAAUGUAAUUCAUCAUACCAAUCAAUAAAUAUAAUAUAUGCAAAGACUUAUCAGAUAUCAACAUGUUAAUUGUAAUGUUUUUUUUUUUUACAUUUGAUUUCCAUUUUGUUCUUUUUUGAAGACAAAGAAUUCUUUAAUAAAAUGAAUAUCACCUUA